UUAUUAAUUUUAAGUUUCUGGUUGUUACAGGUAAAGCAAAAUAUAUUAUUGUGCUACUUUGGAAUGCUUAAGUGAUAAAAAUGUCUAUGGAUUACCCAACAGUUUUAGCUAGUAAAUUAAGCUGUAAACAAGGAGCUGUUCGUGCAGUUCGCUUUAAUGUGGAUGGAAAUUAUUGUAUUACUGCUGGAGCUGACAAGUCUGUUAAACUUUGGAAUCCUUACAUAUCUGUUUUACUUCAGACAUAUAUGGGUCAUGGAUAUGAAGUUUUAGAUGUUCAAGCUUCCUGUGAUAGUGCUCAUAUUGCAUCUGGAGGAAUGGAUAAAUGUGUGUUUUACUGGGAUGUAAGCACUGCUCAUAUUUUGAGAAAAUUUAGAGGCCAUGCUGGCUGCAUUAAUUCUGUAUCUUUUAAUGAAGAAUCUACUGUUAUUCUCUCAGCUGCUGGAGACAAUACAAUUUGUGCUUGGGACUGCAGAAGUAAAUCACGGGAACCUAUACAGAUUAUGAGAGAUGCGAAAGAUGCUGUGACCUCACUUUCAGUGUCUGAUCAUGAAAUACUUGCUGCUUCUUUAGACUGUUGCAUUCGGCGGUAUGAUUUACGAAUGGGACAGUUAUAUCAGGAUAAUUUAGGCUGUUCUGUCAACUGCAUUAGGUUUACUAAAGAUGGGCAGUGUGCGUUAGCUAGCUGUUUGGACAAUGCUUUGCGACUUGUCGAUAAAGAUAGUGGUGAAAUCCUUUCAGAAUAUCAUGGACACAAAAAUGAAAAUUACCGAAUUGAAAGUUGUCUCAAUAACACAGAUUCCCUUAUUAUUUCUGGAUCAGAAGAAGGCUGUGUAUAUUUCUGGGAUUUAAUUGAAGGUACAAUAAAAUCCAAGCUGGAGCACAUUGGACACAAAGUAGUACAUUCUGUUUCAUUUCAUCCAUUAAAACCUGUUAUGCUCACAGCUGCUGAAACAACUGUGUAUCUUUGGACAAAUUCUGUAUCUACAGAAGAAACCUCUGACUAAUCAAGCAAUUAUUUUGUUAUUUUAUGUAAACUAAAUGCUUAUCAUUAGCACUGAUAUAUAUAUAUAUAUAUAUAUAUAUAUUUCAAAAAAAUAGUUAUUGCAAAAUCUGUCAUAGUGACUAAAGUGACUUGUAUAUUUGAGAAUAUAAAUAAAUGGCAGUAUUGAAUAUCGUUGCAGAGUUCUAUAAUGUAACCACAUUUGCACUUCUGGGACAAAAUUAUCUGGAAUCUGUCAUAGUGCAAAAUCUGUCAUAGUGACUAAAGUGACUUGUAUAUUUGAGAAUAUAAAUAAAUGGCAGUAUUGAA